AUGGAGGCGGCACGCAGCGAGCGCCCCGCGGGCUGGUCUGGGGCGUCCCUUGCCCGGACCUGGCUACUGCUCCUGUCGACGUGGGUCCUGGCCGGCGCGGAGAUCACUUGGGGCACCGCGGGAGGUCCCGGGCGUCUCGCGGUUCCGUCUUCGCGGCCACCGGCAUUGCCUUCACUCUGGCCGCGGGCAGUGGCGAACCAGUGGCCGCAGGAGCUGGCGACAACGCGGAGAGCCACCGCGCUGGGGCGCCGGUCCAGACCUCUUCGGAGCGGCGGGGAGAUGCUGGUUGAAGCCGAGGGAACGGCUCCGGAAGGCGCGCCGUGGGGCCGGGGCAUCCCGGCUCCGCGCAAGGCUGGCGGCGCGAGGAGGACUCGUCGGGCACAGCCCCCCAGCGCCCUAGAGCGUGGGGAUGCCCGCGUCACGGCUCCCGGCGAGGGUUCCAAGGGAAGCCGUUCUCCGCCGGCCAAGGGCUCCAGGGAGGAGGUGAAGGCGCCUCGGACAGGAGCACCAGCGGCGGCGGAGGAGCUCCGGCUGCCCAGCACCUCAUUCGCGCUCACCGGGGACUCGGCCCACAACCAAGCCAUGGUGCACUGGUCGGGACACAACAGCAGCGUCAUUCUGAUCCUGACGAAGCUGUAUGACUUCAACCUGGGGAGCGUCACGGAGAGCUCUCUGUGGAGGUCAACAGAUUAUGGCACUACCUAUGAAAAGCUGAAUGAUAAAGUGGGUUUGAAGACAGUCCUCAGUUACCUCUAUGUCAAUCCCACCAACAAAAGGAAGAUCAUGCUUCUCAGUGACCCCGAGAUGGAGAGCAGCAUAUUGAUCAGCUCAGACGAAGGGGCCACCUAUCAGAAAUAUCGACUCACCUUCUACGUCCAGAGCCUGCUCUUCCACCCCAGGCAGGAGGACUGGGUGCUGGCCUACAGUCUGGAUCAAAAGCUUUACAGCUCCAUGGACUUUGGAAGACGAUGGCAACUCAUGCACGAACACAUCACACCCAACAGGUUUUACUGGUCUGUGUCUGGAUUGGAUAAGGAGGCGGACCUGGUACACAUGGAGGUGCGGACUGCCGAUGGAUAUGCUCACUACCUCACCUGCAGGAUCCAGGAAUGCGCAGAGACAACUAGAAGUGGCCCCUUUGCCCGCUCCAUUGACAUCAGCUCCCUGGUUGUCCAGGAUGAGUAUAUCUUUAUCCAGGUAACAGCAGGUGGAAGAGCCAGCUACUACGUGUCCUAUCGAAGAGAAGCCUUUGCUCAGAUCAAGCUGCCCAAGUACUCCUUACCAAAGGACAUGCACAUCAUCAGUACAAAUGAGAACCAAGUGUUUGCAGCAGUCCAGGAAUGGAACCAGAAUGACACGUACAACCUCUACAUCUCAGACACCCGUGGGAUCUACUUUACUUUGGCCAUGGAGAACAUUAAGAGUAGCCGAGGUCUGAUGGGAAACAUCAUUAUUGAACUGUAUGAGGUAGCAGGUAUCAAGGGAAUAUUCCUGGCAAACAAGAAGGUGGAUGACCAGGUGAAGACGUACAUCACUUACAACAAAGGCAGGGAUUGGCGCCUACUGCAAGCUCCAGAUGUGGAUCUGAGAGGAAGCCCAGUGCACUGCCUGCUGCCCUUCUGCUCCUUACACUUACACUUGCAACUCUCUGAAAAUCCAUACUCCUCAGGCAGAAUCUCUAGCAAGGAGACAGCCCCAGGACUUGUGGUGGCCACAGGCAACAUUGGCCCGGAGCUCUCUUAUACUGAUAUUGGUGUGUUCAUCUCCUCUGACGGGGGCAACACGUGGAGACAGAUCUUUGAUGAAGAGUACAAUGUCUGGUUCCUAGACUGGGGUGGCGCCCUCGUGGCCAUGAAACACACACCUCUGCCAGUCAGGCAUUUGUGGAUAAGUUUCGAUGAGGGCCACUCCUGGGACAAGUAUGCUUUCACCUUGCUGCCUCUCUUCGUCGAUGGAGCUCUGGUGGAGGCAGGAGUGGAAACCCAUAUCAUGACAGUUUUUGGCCACUUCAGCCUGCGCUCCGAAUGGCAACUGGUGAAAGUGGACUACAAGUCUAUCUUCAGCCGACACUGCACCAAGGAUGACUACCAGACCUGGCACCUGCUCAAUCAAGGAGAACCUUGCGUCAUGGGAGAAAGGAAAAUAUUCAAGAAACGUAAGCCAGGUGCUCAGUGUGCCCUGGGCAGAGACUACUCUGGGUCAGUGGUCUCAGAACCCUGUGUCUGUGCUGACUGGGACUUUGAAUGCGACUAUGGCUAUGAGAGACAUGGAGAAAGCCAGUGUGCCCCAGCUUUCUGGUACAACCCAGCAUCACCCUCGAAGGACUGUAGCCUUGGCCAAAGCUAUCUUAAUAGCACUGGGUACCGGAGGAUUGUGUCCAACAACUGCACAGAUGGACUAAGGGACAAGUAUUCUGCCAAGGCCCAAUUGUGCCCUGGAAAAGCUCCUCGGGGCCUCCACGUGGUGACUACCGAUGGGCGCCUGGUGGCAGAGCAGGGGCACAAUGCCACCUUCAUCAUUCUCAUGGAGGAGGGUGACCUCCAAAGGACAAACAUACAGCUUGACUUUGGGGACGGGGUGGCUGUGUCCUAUGCUAACUUCAGCCCCAUCGAGGACGGCAUCAAGCACGUGUAUAAGAGUGCAGGGAUCUUCCAGGUGACUGCCUAUGCAGAGAACAACCUUGGCUCUGAUACAGCGGUCCUCUUCCUCCACGUGGUCUGUCCUGUAGAACAUGUUCACCUGCGAGUUCCAUUUGUUGCCAUAAGAAAUAAGGAGGUUAACAUCAGUGCAGUCGUGUGGCCCAGUCAACUGGGGACCCUUACCUACUUCUGGUGGUUCGGUAAUAGCACAAAGCCCCUCAUCACCUUGGACAGCAGCAUCUCCUUCAUAUUUCUAACAGAGGGAACCAACACCAUCACUGUCCAGGUAGCUGCUGGGAAUGCCCUUAUCCAAGACACAAAAGAUAUUGCAGUCCAUGAAUACUUCCAGUCCCAGCUCUUAUCAUUCUCUCCUAAUCUGGAUUAUCACAAUCCCGACAUUCCUGAGUGGAGACAAGACAUUGGCAAUGUCAUCAAGCGAGCUCUGGUUAAAGUAACUAGUGUCCCAGAAGACCAGAUCCUUGUUGCUGUGUUCCCUGGCCUCCCCACUUCAGCUGAGCUUUUCAUCCUUCCACCCAAGAACAUGACGGAGAGGAGGAAAGGACACGAAGGGGAUCUGGAGGAAAUUGUAGAGACACUAUUUAAUGCUCUCAACCAAAACUUGGUGCAGUUUGAGCUGAAGCCAGGGGUCCAGGUCAUCGUGUAUGUCACACAGCUGACGUUAGCUCCCCUGGUGGACUCCAGCACCGGGCACAGCAGCUCCGCCAUGCUCAUGCUCUUGUCGGUGGUGUUCGUUGGCCUGGCGGUAUUCUUGAUCUACAAGUUUAAAAGGAAAAUCCCAUGGAUUAACAUCUAUGCCCAAGUCCAACAUGACAAGGAGCAGGAGAUGAUUGGGUCAGUGAGCCAAAGUGAAAAUGCCCCCAAGAUCACGCUCAGUGACUUCACCGAGCCUGAGGAGCUACUGGAUAAGGAGCUGGACACCCGGGUCAUAGGAAGCAUUGCCACCAUCGCAAACAGCGAAAGCACAAAGGAGAUCCCCAACUGUACUAGUGUUUAAUACCAACAAGCCACGUGGUCAGCCGCCUUUCUGACUUUUUAUUUUUGAUGACUACUAUUACUAUGAUUAUGGGAAAAUGAAUUUUUUUUUUACCUUUUAUUUAACAAGGGCCCCCUCAUAAAUAGCAGGCAGAUGCUUAGCUUUGGGAGAAAAAGUCAUCUUAGCUGAUUAUAAUGAGACUAAAAGAAUGAAUGGCCAUAUUUGUGUGAAGGACAAAGGAGGCAUCUUCCCAUAGCCGUCUUGCUUCAUUCUGCCAUUGAUUCAGCAAAGACUCCCUUUUUCCUGUGAUCUCUCUCUCUCUCUCUCUCUCUCUCUCUCUGUCUAUUUCUUAGGCUCAAUUGUGGGUUUUUUUGUUAAUUCCUGUACCCCAACUCUCACAUACCCCCCCACACACAUACACAUGCAACACAAACCAUUUCCCGGUUCGAUCCCAGGAGGUAGGUUGGGUGGAGUGGAUGUAGCUGCUGAAAGCACGCGCACACCUUUCCGAGAGAGGCCCUGCCUCGUGCAUGUCCAUAGCGAGGCUACGGAUGACAUAGUGUAUAUAUCUACAAUGUAAAUAGCUUUUUAUUUCCUAAAAAAAAAGUAAUUUAAUGUUUAGUAAAAAAGAAAAUGGAAAAAAAGAAAGAUGCGUGUGUUGGCUUACACACUUACCCGUCAGAGCUGACCAGCCCCUGGCCUGCUCGAUGUAUUGGAUUCUGGACGCUCUCCAGCUCUGUCUCAUGCUUAACUCUCGCCUCUCUGUGCACAUACCAUCAAUGGUCUCCGCUUAUGUAUAUAAAAGGGGUGGGGAUGGCUUCUUUGGGGUUAUGGAUAAAUGAAGGGCUUCAGUGGCAUCAUACAACAUAGGGGUUGUUUUACUUACAACAAUGACAUGGAAGAAGUAGCGAGAAAAGGCUCAGCAGAGGCAUCAAACUGAGACCCACUUCCUCCAGUAAAAGAGAAAGUCGUCAAAAUUCAUCAGCCUGAGGAAGCAGUUCUCUCUAAAGAAGCUGGUAAUGAAUCUAAUGAUCCUGGUCUAUUUCUAUUUUCUGAUUGGGUCCCAUGGAAAUGUAUGGUGCUUAUGGUGAACUCCCAAGCUGCUCCAAGCUUAGAAAAGCCUCCCCAUCCCCCCAGGCAUUAGAUGAAGCCCAGUGUAUGCCUUUUGAAAUGGAGAGCAUUGGACUGGAAGAGAUAUAUGUGGAAUCCCGAGUUCAUACAAACCCUGCAGGUCAAAUAGACACCUAGCCUUUAAUGGUAUUAGUCAAAGAUGAUUUUAGCAGAGCUGUGCUAUUUGCUUGUCAGGUGUACACAACUUCUUAAAGUCAAAUGUCUGCCUUCAGUUCCCUUAAGGUAGUACUUGCCUCUGGGGUAUGCGGCUUUCAAAGCCCAGAUUUGCUUUCCCAGCCCCUCAGCCCCUUCAGCACUGUCCACAUGUCGGUUCUUUUCAGUAUGAUCACUUUACACCAUGCUCUAGGCACUGUUUAUAUUUUCAGGCUCAGCCCUAGUACACUUGUUUUAAAGAAUUAUAUACUGUAUAUAUAUGGGAGAAAAGGCCACAUUUACAUUUCUGUGGGAUGCUGUUUGCAUUCUUCUUUGUGGGACACAGGGAGAAUGUGAUAUAGAGAAGUAUGGCUGGCUACAGCAUAGAUCAGUAUUAGAAGUAUUCUAAACAUCCCUCUUUUUGUUCAAGGGUUAAGUGAGGCAGACAAUUGCAAUACUUGUACUAAACCCUGGAAUACAAAUGCAUGAGUCAUAUCUAUAUAUAUACAGUAUAUGUACAUAUACUGUUCUUGGUUUUAUUGUUCCAUUUGAAUAUUUCUACUGUAAAAAAGACAGUGGUUUUGAAAUUGUUGAAAAUAAAUGUAUUUUUGUACAUCAAA